AGGAGAGAAAAAACCGUUGCUGCUUCCUCCCUCCUACCAGAACCUGAGCUGGUGCAAAGGAGAAGCAGGAGGAGGUUGCAGGGUCUUGGCCAAAGGCUCCCACAGGGCAGCUGGGUGGGCCUGGCGAGCACGGUGGAGGCAGAAGCUACGGCCUGGACAGGCCUCCGGUCCAUCUGUCGGGAGCCCUGGGCUGAGCCAGGACUAGGUUGGCACCGGGGCCCAAGCUGCCUGUGACGGGCAGCUGUCCCUACCGGAGAGAAGAUGGGCUCGGCCCCCGAGGGGCUGACCCUGGAGCCGCUCCACAGGCACCCGGACCUGCUGGACGCCUGCGUAGACCUCAUCAAUGAGGAGUGGCCGCGCAGCCGGGCCUCCCGCCAGCACACCCUGCGCCAGUCUUCGGACACCUUCCCCCUGUCCCUGGGGCUGCUGCAGGCUCCCUUGGCCCCCGGAGCCCCCGUUCGCCUCCUGGGUCACGCCCGCCUCUCCCGGGUCACGGGCCAGCCCCACAGCCUCUUUCUGGAGACGGUGGUUGUGUCCCGGGCCUGGCGGGGCCAGGGUUAUGGCCGCCGGCUCCUGGAGGCCACAGAGGGUUAUGCCCGGGCCCGUGGCUUCCGCCAGCUGCACCUCAUUACCCGCAACAAGCAGCACUUCUAUGCUCACCUGGGUUACGUCCUGAGCGAGCCAGUGCGAAGUGUGGCUUUCUGCAGCACUGCCCUACCCGCUGCCUUCCUCCAGGCCACCUCCGGCCCAACCUCCCUCCCCAGAGAUCCUCCUCAGGGGCCUAGUGGUCUGAGGCCUGGCCCCCCAAGCCUUCCCAGUGCGAAGGAGGGGCUCGGUCUCACCCCCACAUCACUUCCCGCAGCCCCUCCUCCGCCUCCUCCCCCUCCUCCUCCUGCCCUCCCCCGAUCUUCUACUCCUUCCUACGCCAUACAGGUUCCUCCUAUACCCCCACCAUUGCCCCCAGAUCUCCCUACUGAUUGCUUCCGACCUUCAGUUCUCUCCCAUCAUGGGCCCGUGUCCUGUAUGGGACAGACCCUCUGGAAGACCCCAUACCGGGACCUGCGGGGCCGCCCCAUCUUCUGGAUGAAGAAGGAUAUCUGAUGGCUGCGGGGGCUCGGGAGGAGGGCUUACAGCUGUCUGCCUUCACCCCUUGGGCUGGGCAGUUACAGGGUCUUGUUGUUGGGGGCCCUGGGGGAGGCCCCGAAAGAGCCCAGGUGGUGCCAGCUUCGUGGAGUACUCUGCCCCCGGGCAGAGGGAAGCAAAGGCCAAGGAGCCCAUGACUUGGGCAGGGCCCUCUGAGGAGCUAGCGGUCUGACCCUUCCGGGAUCCACGAGUGGCCAUCGCCGAGAGCUGGAGAGACCCAAAUUGGAAUCUUGGACCCCCCAGCCUCCGUCUCCCUAGCUGCCCUUGGGAGAGAAUCUGCGCAGCCCCAGCCACUCCCUGGUGGUCCCAAGCUACCCUGCAGCUGCCUGGGAAUCGAGGCGACUGGGAGACGGGAACCAAGUCCUUUCCCCCACGUGGCCCCUGAGUCGCUCUGUCUAGGGCCAUGCCAGCCCACAGUGUUGAAUGUGAAUAGCUGGAAUAAACCUGGUCC